CCACCAUUGUGAGCGAUCUUCACAUACCUCACAGUGUAUUCUACUCAGCAGCCACGACCUUCAAUCUGGCGGGAUCCGGACGGUGAGGUAUUCUCGACAGCGACAAUUACAGAUGGCGGAAUCAUCCGCAACUUCUACUUAUGAUCUAGUCGAGUUGGACGAUGCGGCUCCUGCGCCUGCUCCUCAACAUCUACACUCUCAAGAGGGUUCGCCAACCUUGCCAUCCUCCACUGAGACUCAGGAACCUACAAAUGGCCUCGCCUCUCCAUUGCCGUUCGGUUAUCCUAAGCGGCCCGGUGCCGUCGGGACCAUGGCCGACUUCCUCGCCUGGUUUCCCCUCUACGGGAUCGUGCAGACCGAGACCGUCACCAAAGUCUUUUGGCACAUGCUGACGAGCUGGUUCACCACUGGUCUCCUCUACAACACGACCUCGAUCGACCUCGAUGAGAAACGAAAACACCAUCCGCUCGUCCAGGGCGAGACGGCGGUGCUCCGAGAUCAAAAGGAGGGCAAGGGCAAAGGCAAGAUCAGGACCACGGCCUUGAUCCCGUUCAACCACAACUUGCCGGAUUGGGUCGUGUCUUAUUUCGCGACGGGGUACGAACCCGGGGAAUGGGUAGCAAGGAUCAGCAUGGUCGUCGAAGCCAAGCGAGCUAAAGAUUGGGACAUUGCCAUGUCACAGAUCAUCGUUUACAUGGCGAAAGCUUUGCUGAUGGACGGCUGUGCUAUGGGUCUCGUUGUUGCCGGGACAGAGUACAGGUUUCUCUGGUGGGACACAAAGCAAGGUCGCCUCUACUGGGCGGUUCCGGCAUCUAGGUGGGCACCCGACUCGCUCGAGAUGAGUGAAGCCAUCGAAGGUUUUACGAACAGCGGGCAUGAAUGGAACGUCGCUCACCACGUUCCGGCGGCACGAGAUCGGGCCCGUCGCAACCUUUACACUAUCUUCGAAACGCUCGAACGGCAAGUACGGGCAACGAUUGAGAGGGAAAACCAAAACCCCCUCUGUGGCGGUGGCUUUCAACAGCGGCCAGUCUUGGAUGGUGCCAAGUUUGUCGAGAUCACAAGGGUGUGGAAAGAUCUUCCCGGUUCAUCGUCACCCGCGACCAUCGCUGUUACAGUCCCAGACCCGACUCUCGAACACCCUCGGAAGCUACCUGAUGGUCAGACUAACGUCGCUCAAGCCCGUGGGAACGGGGACGAACACGAUGAUCGUUCCGAGGACCCAGCCGGCGACGGUGAUUCUUAUCAUGAAGAUGACGGUUCAUCAUGCGACACCGAUGAGGAGGCGCAACACAACGCGAUGCUCGAAAGCCUAGGCGACGCGGGCGAAGACACCAAGGCAGUCUGCUUGUGGUUCCAUGAUUUCCAGGAGGAACACGUCUUUCCGAGACGAUUGAGGCAUCAAGUUGAGACCUGGGCACAAAACACCUCUGUCCCGAGCGAAGGACAAAUUCCGACUGAAGAUUUUGGCGCGCUUUCGUCGCCGACAGACCCUGGCAGGCAGCCCUUUUAAUGUUUCGGAACGCCGAUAUCAAAAUCCGUGCUGCCGUGCAUCCAAAGGCAGUGUCUACCACUUCAAAGGCAGUGUCUACCACUGUGAGUGUGUCAAAACAGAUGUUGAUUGCUACCCUGAAGGCCGGUCUGGAGGGCUCUCCGUCCCGGUCAGCUAUGACGGCCCAAAUCUCGUCAGUUCGAACGACAUCAUCGCUACAGUUACUGUUUUCUGUUUUUCUUGACGUUACGAAAAAUGUGACGACGCGCUUAUCGACCUUGUACUGGAACUAUAUACCGCUGUGACCAGUAUAUCACGUUGCUACGAGCU